GGGUUUUCCUACUACGAUAUUCUUACCUCAGAGCACGGUGGAACUCACACAGAUGCCCCUAAACAUUUCUACGAAAAAGGGAAAUAUAUGGACGAAGUUCUGUUGGAUGAACUUAUAGGGCCAGCAGUUGUUGUGAAUAUCUCGGCCCAGACUGCCAAGAACCAAGACUAUCUGUUGAGCGUAGGUGACCUGGAGGCUUGGGAAGAAAAACAUGGCAAGAUCCCAGAUAGAGCAAUCCUUUUCCUUUACUCAGGCCGGGGAAAGGACUGGGCAAAUCCAGAGAAGUUUUUGGGCUAUGAUCCCAAAUCAAACAAGACUGGUUACGGUUAUCUACAUAAUCCAGGUAAAGCUAAACUAGAAAAGCAUCUAACGUUUGUACUAUUCCUUAUUUUCAUGUUACAUAGGGAUCACAAGGGGUUCACAAGGCUCACAAAGAGUUACCAUGUAGUAUAAGAGGAAGAGGGAAGUGAAAAGGAGUCAGGGAGGGAUCAGCCGAGGAAGAUAAAAUGACACCGAAGAUGGAGAUGAAGGGAGGAGAUUGAGGAAGCUAAAACGUAUAAUAGGAAGGGGUAAGGGGGGCGUUGAUGAAGAGGAACGGGAAGCUAAGUCGAGAGAGCAGAAACUGUAUACAUCGUAAAUUUGGAAUCAAUCAAUUCUUGAACUUUAUUCAAAGUUUAUUGUGGCAAUAAACUCUAACAGGUUCCACUUGGCCUCGUACGGUAAUUCUUAGCCAAUAUUUUAGAGCAAUCAUACUGUAGAAACAAAAACACAAGUUUCGUUUUUACAUUAAGACAUAUACGAAACAUAUAUUUCCAUUCUUAUCCUAGGUUUCAGUGCUGAAGCAGCUGAAUGGAUCGUGAAGAGUGGAAAAGUUACCGCAGUGGGUGUGGACGUAGUAUCGUGGGACAAUGGACCGUCGAAAAUCUUCAAGGCACACACAAUCCUAACAAGUGCUAACAUACCCGGAUAUGAAAUGGUUGCCAAUCUGGAUAAGUUACCCCCCGCGGGAGCUAUGGUGUAUGGUGCACCAAUUAAGAUCAAGAAUGGAACAGGAGGCGCUACUAGAGUCUUUGCUGAUACUGGGAAACAGAAAAAGUGCGAUAAACAGAGAACGAAGGUAUCAUGCUUAAUAUGAUUUACAAUUUUUAAAAUAUAGUUAUUAGUUACUCAGCGCAAGCAAGUUUUCUAUACCAAUAGCGAAUGCACUACGUUGUUGGUAUAUUCCAACAUAAGUUUUGUGAGCGCAGAUUUGCCGGAUGCUUUAUGUUUUCUUUUCUACGUCAACUGAAGCGUUGUGCGAAUCUUCUUUCUCCACAGCUUUCCUAUGUUCAACAAAAUAAGGUACAAAAAUUCGUAAUUUUUUCUUCCUUGUUCUUGCGUGAAGGUUAAGUGGCUGGACAUGACGUAUUCGUUUAGCAACGAGACUUUCUGCUGGCCAGGAUUGACGCCUUUCAACAUGACACAAGUGUAUUGGCCUAACGUCACGAGAGACGGGUUUUACGCCAUCAUGUAUGACUUCCACACCUCUGAAAACUGUGGGACACACAUCGAGGCACCAAGAAGCUUGUACAAGGACAAAAGAAGCACAGGACAAAUCCCCUUGGAUGACCUCAUUGGGCCAGCUGUUGUAAUAGAUAUUCGUCAGAAGGCUUUCUCAAACGCGGACUAUCAGCUGAUGCCGAGUGACAUCGAGGACUGGGAAGAAAAACAUGGCAGGAUCCCGGAGGGCGUGAUUCUGUUGGUGUACACGGGGUGGGGAGAAUUCUUCUCCGACAAUAACAAAUAUCUAGGAAUGCAACCCACUGGAAACGUAUCCAAUAUGCACUUCCCAGGUAAGUGCUAAAGCUUUUUGAGUCCUAUGAUCUUCAGAUCAUGCUAGAGAGAUAGGUUGUUGAUCAUCUAAUAACAUAUCGACCCACGGUUGGAGUCUUAUUAUUAUUAUUAUUAUUAUUAUUAUUAUUAUUAUUAUUAUUUUAAUUCGUCCUCUUUGAACUGCAGACGUAAUUGAUAUAACCAGUGAUAUUGAAUUUACACGCUUCGACAAAGCGUGCUCUCCUAUUUUGCGAAGCGCUAAUACCAAAGGGAGUGACAAGAGUCGCCUAAGUAGCUACGAUUUCUCCAUUUUACAUGAUUUCUGCAGUCCUUAUUACUUCGUCUGCCUUGCAUACAAGACAGUUAAAACGUAUAGAGCCCUCCAAAACAUAAUAUGCUCGCCAAAGAAAAAGCUUUAUUAGAAAAAGCAGCAUUUUGACAUAAGGUAAACUCGUGUGGCCUAGUGACUUCUUUUACACUAUGAAUAUUUUUACAUGUAGGUUCCGUUUUGGCUGGUGGAGAUCAACACUAGGACUAAUAAGAACCAAGCACAACGGAGAAAGUUCAACAUUGAUUGUGCACCUAACUAAGAACUUAUCCACUCCAGUUUUUAGAAGAAGUAUACGGAAACGUUGUGCACACUUAUUUACAUGAGUCUUCGAACUGUUUUAGGGAAGAAAGUGCUAAAAUUGUCACAAAUGCUUACCUAAAAAAACACACUUUAAGCUUAAAGCAGAAGUCAGAAUAUCGAAAUGCACACUCCGUAAUUAUUGGCUGCGUUCAGUAGCCAAUAGGUAGAAAACAUUUUUCGACCUUCGACGUUAGUAUCAAUGUACGGCGUCAAAGCUCAUACCGAACCGGUGUACCAUUCUCCCCACGACACAGCACAACUGGAGCUGCUCUUAGUAAAAGUAACUAAGCACGAAUAGAACUGAUGAGGCUCGCGUGGAAAACCAAAAUUAUUACCAAGGGAGGAACUACACGCUUCAGUCCAAAACAACCGGCAAAAAAUCUCAUUUGCUCCAGAACAUAAUCUACCCACCAAAGGGAAAUAUAUAUAUUGGAACAAGCAGCAUCUUGAGAUAAAAGUCGUGUGGUCUAACUACCCCUUUCUACACUACUAAUUCAGCUACUAAAGAAGUUUAAAAUGCAAACCCUUUUACAAUAGGUACUAUGUGUCUGCUGUCUUUCUGCUGAAUGACAAGCUUGUUGAUCUUCAGGUAUCCACCCAGACUCAGCCAAGUGGAUGGUGAGUCGAAAAGUAAAAGCAGUUGGUUUGGACACAGCGUCGCUUGACUAUGGCCAGUCAAAAGAUUUCCAGUCUCGCAAAACCUUAUUCAACGAAAACAUCCCUGGAUAUCUGAAUGUUGCUAACCUUGACAAGUUACCCUCCAAAGGAGCCACAGUGUUUGCUCUGCCAAUGAAAAUCACCCAUGGCGCUGGGGGACCACUCAGAAUCUUCGCCAAACUUGGAGGGGAGUGUCCCCCAUCAGGCGGCGGCCGGAGUCUCGCCAGUGGACAAUUGUUUCAGAUUAUAACUCUCCUGCUCGUGCUCAAGUUCCUUAUGUAA